AGGAACCUCAUUUCGCAAACCUAGUUUUAGGGGCUUCCCUUGAAUGACUUUUGAAGAUUGGCCUUUCCUCGAGUGUGCUUUCGUUUGUACUUAAACUGCUUUUAUUGCCUGACCACACCCACAUAAUAAAGGACUUUUUUUUAUGAACUGGAAGUCCUUUUAGAACCUCUCCAAAACUCCCCAAAAACACUUCGUUAGGGUUUAUGAUGCUGGAAUUGCAGGGCUCGUGAAGGACAAUGCAAACCCUAGUUUUACGACCUCAUUUUACAGGCCUUUUGAACCGUUCAUGGCGAAAGGCCUCCACCCUACGCGCAUUUUCAUCAUCAUCAUCAUCUUCUUCAGAUUACUCCAACCAGUCCCGUGGUGGUCUUCCUCGGUUCUUCUCCGAAGUCCUCCCUCCUUCCAAGGAUGGUGUUGUUCGCGUACAAGGUGAUGAAUUUUGGCAUAUGACUAAAGUUCUAAGGUUAAGCACAAGUGAUAGGGUAGAGCUCUUCAAUGGGAAAGGAGGGUUAAUUGAAGGGUGCAUACAGAGUGUUGAUCGCUCUGGAGCGGAUAUUGUGGCACUUGAAGAUCUGAAACUAGUUCCACCCCAGACCACACAGUGGCAUGUAUUUGCAGCUUUUGGUACAUUGAAGGGUGGUCGAGCUGACUGGCUCGUUGAGAAAUGCACAGAGCUGGGAGCUGCUAGUGUAACGCCUCUGCUGACUGUACGUUCUCCUUUAAUCUCUGAAAAUCGGAUGGACAGACUGCAACGUGUUAAUCUAGCUGCAGCUAAACAAUGUCAAAGGCUUCAUGAAAUGACUUUGAAUCCUCCUACAAAAGUUGGUGGUCUUUUACCUAUUGUCACGCAGUCAAAGCUCUCUUUUGUGGCUGUAGCAGAGGCUACUCCUGUUGUUAAUGCAUUGUCUUCCUCUAGAAAAGAUUCAAGUGGGUUAAUAAUAAUUGGACCGGAAGGGGACUUCACUGAGAAAGAGGUGAAUUUGAUAUUAGAAGCAGGUGCAACUGCUGUUGGUCUUGGGUCACAUCGCUUGCGAGUUGAAACUGCAACAAUGGCACUUUUGGCAACUCUAAUGCUAUGGUCUGACUCACAGGGACUUCCCAAUUUUUAGUUGUGCUUACAGGUAAGCCUUUUUGUGCAUCUCUGGAAUAUCCUCAAACUUUUGGCCUCAUUGAAUUAUUUUUCUCGAAUACCUAGUAUCUUUUAAGUAAUUAUCUGUAUCUCAUGUUUCUUAGAGUAAAGGCUGUGAUGGACUGAGUUGAGAUAGAUGACAUAUUUUUUGUGGAAGACAUGUUAUGAAUUUAUUAACUUUACCUCAUGGAGAAAGGCCGUUAUUCUUUUUGAAUU